GACAAAAGGAAGCCACACGGCGGUAGAACUAAAAAGAGCAAUGAAAAUUUCAAAGGGAGGCGUAAGUUGAGCAAUGGCUACAAACAUUUGAUCGAGGGAAAGGAGGAUGUCUGUGAGGAUUUCAACACCAGUCAGAAAUCCAGGCCAGCUUGAUGUUAAUGGUUCUGGCUUUAAACGCAAUUCAUUAAGACCGAAAGUCCAGGGAAUUCCAACAGGAAAUUUGAGAGAUCAUUCUGGGGAAGAUGAAGAUGGUUUUUUAUCAGAAGAAAGUGACAUUGAAUUAGAUCUUGAAGGGCUAAAGAAAAGUAAUUUAAAUGAUGCAGAGGAAGAAGAAUGGGAUACAGAUCUUGAAGAUGAAGGAGGCAGAGAUAAAUAUGAUGCAUCUGGCAGGGCAACCUAUAUUUCGGCUUGCCAUGAUUGUGGAGUCAUACCUGCCUCAUAUUACCUACGUCACAUGAAAGAAUCUAAGUUAGAUAUGCAGCAUCAUGGUUUAGGCGUUAAGGGAGCAAGAGCAAUGGCAGUUGCCCUAGUAACAAACACAUUUGUCCUAAACCUCAAUUUGUCAGACAAUUCUCUUGGACCAGGAGGUGUUAGCCACAUUUGUGACAUGUUAAAAGAAAACUGUUAUGUCACAGAUCUAGAUUUAUCCGAAAAUAAAAUCGGCCUGGAGGGUGUUGCUGCAAUUACAGAUGUAUUGACCAACACAAAUAAUUUAAAGAAGCUAGUUUUACAAGGAAAUGAAUUGGAUGCAAAAGCUGCAUCAAUCAUUGCAGAAGGCAUUUCGACGAACACGUCUUUGAAAACCCUGGAUUUGAGUCAUAAUUGGCUAGAUGAACAAGCUGGACUUUAUUUGGGCCCGGCGAUUGCAUCAAACGAAUGGCUAGAAAAACUCGAUCUAAGCUGGAAUCAUUUGCGACACAAAGGAGCAUUUUCUAUCGCCCUUUCUCUUAAGGAAAACAAUACAUUAAAAGUUUUAAAUCUGGCCUGGAAUGGUUUUGGUAAUGACGGUGCACUUGCGAUGGGAGAAGCCUUGAAGACAAAUAGUACUCUUCUAGAAUUGGAUCUAAGCAACAAUCGCAUCACCAAAGAUGGCUCAGCAAACCUGACAAAGGGUUUAAUUUUGAACGAAGCUCUUCAGACAUUGCGAAUUGGACAGAAUCCCAUGCAGAGUCAAGGAGCCUAUCUCAUACUUAUGGCUAUAAAGAACAAUUCAAAUAUCGCUCUCGUUGAAAUAGAAUUAACGGGUAUCCAGAUCAAUGACGAAUUUUACGGCUUGUUAAGAGAGAUUUCCGACCUGCACCCAAAGCUGAAAGUGGUACACGGAGGAGCUGGCGGGGCGCACGGGAAGGCGGAUCAACGCCCAAAGCCGAUGAAGGUCUUAAAAGAUUACGUAAAGAACAACAGGAUGCGCUUGUUCGAUUUCUUCAGCAUGAUGGACAAGGACAAAAGCAUGAGCCUGACACUCGCUGAAUUCGCAAAUGGAUUGAAGGAGACUGGGAUCCCAUUAACAACUGAUGAAUUGUUGGAUUUGGUUGAAAAACUCGACAAGGACAAAAAUGGGGAGAUUAAUUACAGCGAAUUUGUUUUGGGUUCUGUAGAACAGCACCUCGAAGAAAGGAAAGAUGCUUUGAAAACGAGAGCAAAAGAAGAAAGAGAAAGAAGAAUAUUAACACCAGAGCUUCUUAACGUUGACCGCACUCCCAAAGUGAGUCUGACAUCAUCAAGGCCGCCAUCUGCUUCAAAGCUGUAUCAGUGAUAGAUGUAUCCAUUCUUUUUGUGGCUUUGUAGUUAAAUUGGACUGUACUUUAUAGCUAUAUUUUUGUCAAUACCUUACAUGAAUGAGAAUAUUUUCAUAACGAGCUGAGAAAUGUAGAAGGGGUAUUCGUAGACAUUUUGUAUCUUGGAUGCAAUGGGAUUUCCGGUUUUCGGUCACUUCCACAAUUGUGCUUGAUAUCUAAAAAUCUUUAGAAGACACUCCCUUUUUUAGUCUUACAUGUGUUAGGAUGUGAGAUUUCAAAGCAAGAGAAAGUUGCAGCUAUACACAAGACAAAGUACACUUUCUGAUAAUGCAUCUUAAAAUUCACCCUUUUUUAGCUGUAUUGAGAGUUUUUUACUCCAAUGUAGUUGCAAAAUUGCCCUGAAAGAGCCAUUUAAAGGGAAUAAUUGAAGUUAUUAAAAGUUUUGAGAUGUUAGGGUUGAAGCAGUUCCGCAGCUAAAAGCUAUGACUACAGCAGUGCCCAGGAGCUUGCAUAACGAUAAUGUUUCAAGCAAACUGAAAAAGAAGCAGAAAUAAAAAAGAGUCUUAUUGCCAAUGACGAGGCUACGAGGCUGGUUUCAUGCCUUCCAAGGGUCGCUCCUCCGUAGAUACUUCAUUGCUACGUCACCACGGUAGAGCUUUUCAUGAUCAAAUUUUUGAAUUUGUUCAUCUUUCACAUUUUUGGUGCAUGGGUUCUGAACUACCCCGAGGAACAAUUCAUAUUAUAAACAAUGUUGUACAUGUUUUAUUGUAAAAGAAUAUAAAUCGGUGUAUUUUAAGGCAAUGCAUAGUAGAGACUUCUUGCUUUAUUUUUCUAUAUUAUUCAAUGCUGUUUGUACAUUCGUAAAUAUAAUGUCUUAAUAAUA